AUCCUCAAUUGCCCCUCCGCCCCUCCAACCCUCCAACCCUCCAACCCUCCAACAGUCAAGCCAAUAUUAGCCCAGCGAGGUUCUUGACGUAGAUGUUGAUCUUAAAAGGAAUUCCUACAGUAUAAACCUCACCAACCUGGCGUCGCUACCAUUCCGAUUUAAAGCUGGAGGUGACGGGAAAAUGCCUUCCGUAGUAGCUACUCAUUCUCAUCGGCCGACUACGAAAGUUGCGCCCAAGACUUUCAAGUCCAAAAAGGCCACCAAAGGCGCUCUACGAGACCAGGCUAAAGGCAAAGUACCCAACGACAAGAGCCAGCGCAAGACUCCUCAUCAACAAGUAAUGUCCAAGUUCGAUCGUCGCAACCAAGCAAAGCAGCGCCAGCUUGCGAAACAUAAGGAACACCUAAAAGAAACCUCUGUCUUCUCUGGGCGGGAUGGUGCGCCAAGAAUAGUUGCUGUAGUACCGCUCUGCGCUGACAUUGAUGUCUCCGCCGCCAUCAAGGAUCUUAACAGCAGCCUCGAUAUUGAGUCCGACGCCUCCGAAUCCAGCUUCCCAGUAUCCGUCGACAGAUUCAAACAAAAGCUUCAAUAUGUACCAGUCACGAGAGAUCUCACCGCAUGUAUUGAUGCGACAAGAGUCGCAGAUUUUGUCUUAUUCAUAUUAUCAUCAGAGACAGAGGUGGAUGCUUUGGGGGAACUUAUUAUCCGAAGUAUCGAGAAUCAGGGCAUGUCCACAUUAUUCACAGCCGUCCAGAAUCUAGAUAAAAUCCAGCCCGCGAAGGCCCGCCCAGACGUCGUCAAGUCCCUAGUCUCGUUUAUGACACAUUUCCAUCCAGGACAGGAAAAGAUAUAUAACCUCGACUCGAGACAAGAAUCCUCAAACCUCAUGAGAUCGCUCUGUACAACGACGCCGAAAGGAAUUAACUGGAGAGACCAACGAUCGUGGAUGCUUGUUGACGAUGUCCAGUGGUCGUCGACUGAAAAUGAGCUGACAGUAUUAACGGGUGUCGUUCGUGGAAAAGGUCUCAAGGCCGACCGAUUGGUCCAUGUGGGAGAUUGGGGAACCUUCCAAAUCGAAAAGAUCACAGCCGCACCGCUCUCCACUAAGAGACGGAAAGAUGACGGAAUGGCCGUAGAGGAAACAGAACCCGAGAAUGUCCUGGAGACCCCGGAUGAGGACCAAGAUGAUCUUGUUGAGUUGGCCCCAGAAGAAGCGAUGAUGGCUGACGCAGAUAUGGAGGAAGGGAUAAAAGAGCCUGCAAUCAAAAAGGGCGUAUUGUUAGACGACCACCACUAUUUCUCCGAGGAAGAACGAGAGGAGUAUGCACAGCCAAAGAAACUACCUAAAGGAACAUCAUCUUACCAGGCAGCCUGGUACCUAGAUGAUGUGUCAGAUUCCGAGUCGGAAAUGGAUGAUCAAGAAAUGGAGGAUGCCCAGGAUGAGGUUAUGCCUGCGGCUCCAGAGGACGGCAUGGAGGGUUUGGCCAACGCCGAGCCCACUGAGGCCGCUAUGUCUGAGUACCCUCAAUCGGAGAUGUUUAUCGAACCAGACGAGGAGGAGGAUGCUGCACAGUUAGAAGCAUAUCGUUCAAGGAAACGUGAUGAGGUAGAGGAAGACAAGGAAUUUCCGGAUGAGAUCGAGUUACAUCCGAACGUCCUUGCGAGAGAAAGAUUAGCAAAAUACAGAGGAUUAAAAAGCCUACGUACGAGUCCUUGGAAUACGGAGGGAGAUCGUCCAUUUCAGCCCGAGGAAUGGUCAAGGUUAUUACAAAUAUCAGACUACCAGUCUUCCCGAAACCGCUCAAUAAGAGAAGCUCUAGUCGGCGGGGUGGCCCCUGGAACGAGGGUCCAUGUCCACCUCAGAAACGUCCCUAGGGACCUGGAGAAAUCAUAUAACCCUUCGCGGCCAGUCUCGCUCUUCUCACUCCUACGACACGAAAAUAAGAAGACGUCAUUGAACUUUGACGUUACGCACAAGGAAGAUUACGAAAAGUCCAUUAAGGCUAAGGAGGAGCUCAUCGUUCAGUGCGGCCCUCGACGAUUUAUCGUCAACCCCCUAUUCUCGCUUCCCGGUAACACCGAGAACGACGUGCACAAGUACUGCCGGUACCUCCACCCGGGUCAAUCUGCUAUCGCGACGUUCAUGGGUCCUAUUACUUGGGGAUCUGUGCCGACAUUGUUCUUUAAGCGAACACUUUCUGAGGGGGGAGACGGCGAAUCAAGUGUUCCUCUGCAAUUAGUAGCCACAGGAACCGCUCGUGCACCAUCUACCUCAAGAGUCGUUGCUAAGCGUGUCAUAUUGACUGGCCACCCCUACCACAUCCACAAGAAGGUCGUCACCAUCCGAUACAUGUUCUUCAACCGAGAAGACGUGGAGUGGUUCAAGGCGUUACCCCUAUGGACGAGGAGAGGGAGAAGCGGAUAUAUUAAGGAGACUCUUGGUACUCACGGAUACUUCAAGGCCAACUUUGACGGAAGGAUUAACCCGCAGGACGCGGUUGGCGUUAGUCUAUAUAAGCGAGUGUGGCCGAGGAACGCUAUUCCCUUCACUGGGUCUCUCCUGGAAGAGGGGGCGUCGGGAGUACAGAACGAGGAGGCCAUGGAUGAGGAUGUCCUAUAG